AUGUGGCUAGCUCCGCAGGGCGUCACCCCCGACGAACAGGUUACCAGGAUAGAUCCAGUGAGGGAGGAAGGCGAGGACGCGGAGCGCAGGAUCACGCAGCAGCAAGCUGCCCAGCGUUUCUGCCUCUCCUUGCAGUCUCUCCGCGAUGCGGCCGCCCAAGGUCUCCUGACGGUUGAAGAGCGGCCGAAUCCCCACGGCGCCACAUUUUCCCCGAUGCGUCUCUACCGCUUCGGCGAACUGCAGCAACUCGCGUGGCGCGUCUGGGGCGGGCCGCAGGAGCUCGAAAGGGAGCUUGAACGCAGGAGAGAGCAGCGCUGGCAAGUGCGCCAGAAACGCGUGCUGGGCUCAGUUGUUGCGCCAGAGGGAUCUCAGGCGCGCGGAGACGCGCACCAGGCCAAGUUGUCCAGGCAACUGCGGCGAGCGAUUCAGCCGCGCGCGACAAAGAAACGGUCGCGCGUGCAGCCGCAGGGGGGGGGAGCGCUGCCGCAGCGAAGAAAAACACCCGAAACUAGCAAACAUCAAGACGCUCAAGAAAGCCAGCAGUCUGCGUCCCGGGACACCACGCCCCGCACAGAAGACCUCGUCUGGGAAGUGAUCUGA